AUGUUGAUAGCUUCCCCGCGAUUUAAUAGACGGACGGUCGAGGACCCUCCGCAGUUUUGGCUAGGAACCGUGAUCCUGGCGGAUGAGAGAUCAGAUCGUGAAGGAUACAAUCUUGAAAGAAAACCGUACGACAUACGUAUCACAGACUACUCGCUAGCAUCAACCGCGUCUUUCCCCGCGUUUAAAUCUGACCUCCUAUCUUGGCUUUCCAAGGCCCUGGUAACGCCCAACAGGUCUACGAUGUCUUCGAAAGUUGCUGCCCGUAGUAGAAGCCACCUUGUGCAUAGUCACGCGAAGGAGGAAGGUAUACCAGGAACAGUGAAUUUACAAGUCGCUGAGGGCGACGAUACGGGCUAUGGCAUGGCCCUCUUUCCAGUCCCUGCUGAGGACCCCAAUGAUCCUUUACAGUGGUCCAGUUUUAAGAAGACGAUGAUUCUUAUUAUUUGCUCGUUUUAUUCUUUUCUUGCAAACGCAGCUAUAAUUGGCCCGUCACCAUACAUCGAUAUCUGGGCUGAAGAGUUUGAUAUUUCGCCAGCUAUGGCGUCCGAACUUGUAUCUUAUCCCAACCUCGCUUUUGGCUUUGGUUCCUUAAUUUUUGUGCCCUUAUACCUGAAGUAUGGCCGCCGACCAGUCAUGCUGUUCUCACUCGUUACAUUUGCUGCUGGUUUGAUAGGGGCAUCACAAUGUACUUCAUUCGGCGGUUUAAUGGUAGCUCGUGUAGUUCACGGUUUUGGAUCUUGCGGUACAUCUCUAAAGUUAGCAGUCUGUCUAUGUCUCGGUACUCUUGCUUCAUUGCCUGCUGGGUAUAUGCUCUCUGGCGGCUACGGCUGGAGACUUUUCUUCUACGUGGAAUUUGCGUUCGCCAUAGCAUUGCUUAUACUAGCUUUCAUCCUUGUCGAAGAGACGUCCUAUGAUCGCCGAGUCCUCGUGACACCUUCCACGCCACCAAACGAACCCGAAAAGGAACGUGCCCAUGAGAUUGAAAAGGGGACCCAGCAUGUUGACCUUAUUGUUCCACCGCGUAAAAGCGUCCUAGAAACAUUGAGUUUGCGGGGAAGGAUUGAUUCCAACGUUCCAUUUUUCACUACAAUGAUCCUUGUUCCCCAAUCACUCUGGGUUAUCACGACGUUUGGAAUCAAUGUACGUCUUAUAAUUGGCUUAUCGGCCCUGUCUUUUUCGUAUACGUUUCCGAUUGUUAUUACAUCGCCACCUUAUAACUGGACAGUGACCAACUCGGGACUCUUCGCCCUUGCUGCUAUCGUGGGUUACGGACUUGCUGUCCCUUUUACCUCAUCGUCAGACAGGCUUGCUGCUUUCUUUACGAAACGAAACAAUGGAAUUCGGGAGGCCGAAAUGCGCUUGGGCGUCAUGACAAUUCCAAUGAUUGUUGGACCUGCAGGAAUCGUUCUGUACGGACUAACGGCAGAGCGAGGUUUACAUUGGAUAUGCUUUUUCAUUGGAGGGGCGAUGAAUUACUGGGCCGCAUAUUUUUAUUUCUCCUUUACGCUUGCAUAUGCAGUUGACUCUUAUUACGCUAACACGUCUGAGAUGCUCAUUGCUAUGAACAUAGGAAAACAAAUUAUCUCUUUCGGGUUUGGCCUGAAAGUGCUGACCUGGGUAUUGGAAUCUGGGUAUGGUGUUGUCAUGUCCGGGAUCUUUGCCGGCGUGCUAUUAGCGAAUAAUCUUGUUCUCAUAAUCUUCAUGGUAUGGGGGAAGAGGAUUAGAAUAUUUUUGUCGCAGACAUGGCUUGCAAGGUUUCAUUUUCGGAGCAUUCGAGAGGUCACCACACAUUAA